AGCGAUACUGCGAUAAUGCUAUAGAAAAUUACAGUAUUAUACCUUAAUUUAAUAUUUUAAUCGUGAACCGAACUAAAAUGUAUAUGACGAGACUUUAUUUAUAAGUCGUUUUACUUGCAUUUUUCAGAUUAUUUUCAUUGGUACGGUAUUUGUUUUGAAUAUUAUUUAAUUAUUCAUAAUCGCAUGCACUUCGUAUCAUAUCCUCUGCAUUUUAUAAAGUAAUUCAAUAUUGCUAACUUUGAUUGAUAUCAAAAUGAAUUAUAACGACAACACAUUCAACACUAUGCCUGGUAACAGCAGCAACAAACGUCUAACACGACGACCUAUGGAAACACCAGGUUUAGAUGUGAAUAGUAUACCUGCACAACAAGUGCAGUACAACUAUACCCAACCAACAAUGUACUCCCCAUCACAAGAACCUCAAACUAUGCCAUCUCAACAACAAUUCUAUUACAACGAUUUUACAUCAAUUCCAUCACAACCACAACAAGGAUAUGGAAAUAACGAUUUUGGGUAUAUGGGAUCGGUGCCAACAGAUAACAUAAAUCAUCGGCAACAAUAUACACCAAGUCCUGGUCUAAAUCCUCAACAAACUCAACCAACAAUGUUUAACCCUUCAAAUAAUUUAGUUGAUGCAUUUGGAAGUAAUCCUCUUUUAGCAGGAGUUACUGUUCGAUAUGGUCAGAAAAUUUUGGGACAAGUAGUUGAUGAAAAUGUCGGCAAAUAUACAAGCGGAAUAAGUUCAGAAAUAAAACGUUAUUUUGCUGUAGACACCCGUUAUGUCAUCACUAAACUUGGUUUAUUAUUAUUUCCAUUUGCUCAUACAGAUUGGUCGAUUAUGUUGGAAUCAACUGGGCAAACUGAUGAUCGUCGACGAGCAAGACCAAAAACAGAUGUCAAUGCACCAGAUCUUUAUAUUCCUACUGUAGCUUUUGUAACAUAUUUACUGUUUUUGGGUCUCAUACUUGGUAAACAUGGACAAUUUAGCCCAGAACUUUUAAGUGUACAAGCUUCUCGUGUUCUUGCCUGGGAAGUAAUAGUGGUUUUAGUAGAAAUAUUGGCACUAUAUGUUACAAAUAUACAAAGUUCACUUCGUGCUUUUGAUCUAACAGCUUAUUCAGGAUACAAAUAUUUUGGAAUUAUAAGCUGUAUUCCAAUUGGGUUACUUUUAGGUGAAACUGCAUUUUAUUUUGCCUUACUAUACAUUGGAAUUGCAUUUAUAUACUUUUUGUUAUUUUCAAUGAGAUGGCAGUUGAAUUCAAUUGCAACAGUUGCUAAUGUUGGUCAACCAGUAGUAAUGGUUGAGUAUAAGCGCAAGAGGACAUUAUACUUCCUGAUUUUAGCAGUGGCUGUUCAACCAAUAACUACAUGGUACCUAAUAUCAUAUUUAACAUUUACUAUGAGAUGAAUACAAAUGGAAUACUUAACAAUAAAAUUAUUUUUUCCAUGAAGUAAUUUAAUAUAUGUUAUUAAAAACUGUAUAUAUAAUAUUAUACAUAUUUUUGUUUAUAUGUUUUAAUCGUCUUUGUUGGUAUGAUACUUUUUAAAACUACAUUUUUAGCAAUGUAUUACGCUACACAUUCUGAAAUAUGUAUAGACAGUUAAUUUGUAUGUAUUUAAUAGUAUAAUCAAUAUAAUUUUGUGCUUCUUAAAUAAAGAAUGUAA